AAAAACUUCUAGGCCUAAACUCUGUACCGUUUUCUUUUUACUUCAACAUUAUCUUAAUAAAAUUAUUAAAUUUAUCUCUCUACAAAAUGAAUGUGAAGUGGUUGUAAACUGCUACUAAGUCAGAAGUUAAUUUUUUGGGUGCCCAAUUUGAGUGAGGAGAAUCGAACACAAGUUAGAAAGCAAAGAAGUUAGAGCCCAAUUCUCAUAUCUAAUAGGACACUUUGCUCUCGCAGGGUAAAGGGGAUUUAAACAUGGGUGUAAAUGAAACUUUAUGACCUUUUAAGGACCUAUUCUACUGCUCUGGCUGUGUGCUGUAACUGAUAUGGCCCAAAUGCAUUGCAGAGUUCCUCAGAGAGGGGGAUCAGUCACUGAGGAACACGCAGGGGAAGAUGCAGGAGCGUCCAUUAUUCAAGGUCACAUAGAAUAUCAGAGUUGGAAGGGACCUCAGGAGACCAUCUAGUCCAACCCCCUGCUCAAAGCAGGACCAGUCCCCAAUUUUUUUUUUUUUUUGCCCCAGAACCCUAAAUGGCCCCCUCAAGGAUUGAACUCACAACACGGGGUUUAGCAGGCCAAUGCCCAAAUCACUGAGCUGUCCUUCCCCCCAGCUAUCCCCCCACAUACAUACACAGAAAGAAAAGAAAUGAUUGGUACCAUCUCAGCCAAAGCUGCAGAUGCUCAGUCUCCAUUAGGAAACAUUAAAUCCAAAUAAAAGCAUGAUCCACUCCUAUAUCUCACUCCUCCUCAGAAUCAGAAACAUUGACCUGCUGAGCAGUGCAACAACUGAACUCUAGGGCCAAGACCAGCAAUCGCACCCCAAUGCACCAGUCACUGGGGAGAACAAUUAAAAACCAACAAGCUUGCACCACAGAUCCCUGCACAGAACUACCACACUAGCAAACAGCCUCCCCACAGCGAGCCUCUGGCCAAAUACAGAAUCGGUGAAGUGGAAAGUGGGAGCCGCACAGCACAGUCCAAACCCAGAGUAGGGGGACUGGGAGCCCACCUGACAGGCGAGCUUGAGACACAUGGGCUCUUUCUAUGUCCAUGGCCAAUAUCUGAGCAUGCGGGAGCUAUUUCAGCACAUUACCUGAAAGGAUGAAACCCUGUCAAAAAUACACCUAGGCCGGGAGCCAGAAGGGGGCGUCCUGCUACGGCGCCACCUGGGCUGUAGAGGGACAAAUGAACACAUGGGGGGAAACUUCCCCCACCCUGCGAGCGCUUUGCAGGGCAGAACUUACCUGCCUCUGGAGAUUCCCUUUGGUGCCAACACGCCUACAGCUUGUUAUGUGGCGCCCGGCGCCUCUCAUUUCCCGCUCCCUUUGUGUGACCUCACAAUUGGAUACGCAGUGUGUUUCCUAGUAACCACGGGACGCAGAAACACCAGCAACAGCUGGGCCUCCCUGCUCUGUGCCCCGGGCGGGCCGGGCUCUGGCCGCGGGAUGCCGCGCACCCAGGAGGCGACGGAACCAGACGGGCAGCGGGAGGAGAAAGCAGCUGAGCAGGCAAGCGGGAAACACCAGCUGCCGCUCUGCGCCCUGUCCGCCUUCAGCUACAUCCCGCCCGGCCGCAGGGACCCUCCGGAGCACAGCUACUUCCACCAGGAGUUCAAGGGAUUGUUUCCACAUAUGACUCCAUUUUUAAGAGGCCAAUGGGUUACAAUGAAAAACUCCACCGAUGUGACAGAGAACAUGCAAACAAUCGAGGUCUUAACAUUAAUGAUGAGAAAUCAGUGGCUUAGUCCUCUACAAUCGCCAGGGAAAGCCUCCUGCUUACUACGGGAACUGGCAAGACCCAUUGCUGUUUUGUCCUCUUCAGAAUAUGGGAGACACAUAAACCAGCCUGUAGAGCAGUCGAUCAGAGAUUAUGCAAGGAUUAACCGUGUGCAGGCUGAGUUCUACAGGAAAAAUGGAGUCACCUGCUUGUUGGAAAAACCUUCUCAAAGUCUUGAACCAUCAUAAAGCUCCUGUCCCCCCAGCCACUGACAUGAACAUAGUGUAACACAGUUUUCACAGCAAUAAGAAAAUGAAGACUGUUUUGCCUUUUCCUGUAAUACUUUCCUUCAGCUGGUCAGUGUGACUU